AGCCGGCCUCUAUUUAGGCCUGCCCUGGGCAGCCAUCUUGGAGGGUCGUGGUAGCUGGAGUUGUGGAGCCGCGUCUGAAGGAGACAAGGCGCCACCGCCGCCGCCGGAGGGUUGAGAAGCUGACUCCGGCGCCCGCUCUCCUCCUUCCCCUUCCCCGCCCCGAGCAAGGGGACCCGAGCCCAGCAGGGAGAGAUGAGCAACGCCGGCAACAAGCGCGCCCCUACCACGGCCACCCAGCGACUCAAACAGGACUACCUGCGCAUCAAAAAAGAUCCAGUGCCUUAUAUUUGUGCUGAGCCUUUGCCAUCCAAUAUCCUUGAGUGGCAUUAUGUUGUACGAGGACCUGAAAUGACACCGUAUGAAGGUGGCUAUUACCACGGGAAGUUAAUUUUCCCCAGAGAAUUUCCUUUUAAACCUCCUAGUAUUUAUAUGAUAACACCAAAUGGAAGAUUUAAAUGCAAUACAAGGUUAUGUCUUUCCAUCACUGAUUUCCACCCUGACACAUGGAACCCGGCUUGGUCAGUCUCCACAAUCUUGACAGGCCUUCUUAGUUUUAUGGUUGAAAAAGGGCCCACUCUGGGCAGUAUAGAAACAACAGAAUUUACGAAGAGGCAACUGGCUUCCCAGAGUUUAGAAUUUAACGUAAAAGACAAAGUCUUUUGUGAACUGUUUCCUGACAUGGUGGAGGAAAUCAAGCAGAAACAGAAGGCACGAGAUGAACUCCAUAGCCGGCCAACAACUCUCCCGCUUCCGGAUGUAAUCCCUGACGGGGAAGCGCAUCACGGCCAGAACGGCCUGCCGAUUCUCAACGGGCACCCGCCUCUGGCUGCGGCCAACAACCCCCUUGGCCUCCAGCAAGCCAACCGCCACCAUGGACUCCUGGGUGGAGCUUUGGCGAACUUGUUCGUGAUAGUGGGCUUUGCGGCCUUUGCGUAUACAGUGAAGUACGUCUUGAGGAGCAUCGCGCAGGAGUGAGACCCUUUGGAUUUCUCCUUCUCCUCCCAAAGUCUGGGUUCUGAGACCAAAAUAACAGUAGUGGCAGGAAGGAAACAAACAAAACAUUUGGGACUCUAGGUCUCGCACUCCUGACUGUGGGCUAAAUGCUGUGAUGUGUACAGGGUUUUUUUUCAAUUACUGGUUUGGCUCAUGGAAUUAGCUUUGUGGGAGAGGAGGGAAAACCCCAUUUGGGAUUGAAAUGGAUGUGAUUGGGAUGGAGCAAGGAAGAGGACAAACCCACAGCCUCCCAAGAAGGAAAACAGAAAUCCCUUUUUUAAAUCUAAAGUUACUGGCCUACAAAAUUUCUGUGUUAAUUUUUUUUUUCAGUGCACUCUGAACCAGUUCUAACAUCCUUGGAGCUCUUGGCAACUUGUCCAGAAGCAUCCACUUUGAGGCAAUGUGGGAUUUUUGGCGAUAGGGAAGAUGGGUGGGCAAAGGUGGGAAAGCAUGGGCAACGCUUGCCUGUUUUAGUACUGGUUGGGUAGAUCUGUGUGCAUAGAGGAAAAGCUGAGGAGCAGGGUAGAGGAAUAAGGAGCCCUCCUGUUCCUUAAGAGCCCCUUGGAUCGCCUCGCUUGACAUGUUGGUGUUUGCUGCUGAACACGUUCUGAGACUGAGCAGACUUUUCUAUAAAAACUAGAUCCUCGAGGAAGCAUUUUGCAUAUUAAGCUGGCCAGUGCUGGAAAAUGAGACUUACAGUUUGUUUUUUAAAGUGAAGUUUGAAGUGAGGGCAAGUGUAAUGCUUUUGCUCUUUUAAUUGGCGCUAAGCCCCCCCACGGCUUGUAGAUAGGAAUUUUGGUGCUAAUGGAGGCAGCCUGGGGUUUCAUGAAAGAGAAACUUUUUCCACUCUCCCUGGCAAUCAUGAUGGUCAGAGGCCCUUUUCUGAGUAGCGUGAUAUGUUUUAAAGCAGAUGCAUUCUUUGCCCAACUUGUCAUAAUAAUGAACAGUUUUUUUAAAAUUCUGGCCCAAGAGAAACUUGCACAGCUGCCCUUUAGAGAGAGAGAGAGAGAGAGAGAGAGAGAGAGAAUGGUUCAAUGGCUACAGCCGUUCAGCUCCCCUUGGCCUUUUGAUGAGCGUUUUUUUAAAAAAAAGGUUUAAAAGUUUGGUGUUGUGUGUUCUUUUCUUUCCAAAGGACCCUGUUUCAUGACUUGUGGUUUUCAGGUUGCAAUCAUGCUCAGUUUUGUAAUUCAUCUCCAGGUGUCACUAAAGGGAAAUGAAAGAGCCAAGCCCAGAGUGGGUGGUUUGGGAAGGAGUUUUCAACCAAUUCCUUUGCUGUUUGAUCCCCAGCUUGUGGCUGUUUUUGGCCUUCGUGGUAAGCUUCCUCUGGAGUAAAUCAGCUCAGCUUGCAGGCGUCUCUCUGAAGCAGGGGUCACUCCUUGCAUGGCAAAAGCUAGUACCUCAGGGAGGCAGGUUUAGCCUAGCAAGUAUGUGUUUAUGGGAGAAGUGAAACAUGUAUGUUCUGGCAGGUGAUGAAACCCCACCGCGUAAUUCUUAAGCAGGACAGCUGGACUUUUAGCACUCCCCAUUCUGGGGCAGGGAAAGAAACCUCACAGUUGUGCCUGAGGGAUUGGUAGCAUUGUCCUGUCCAUCCAACUGGUCUGGCAGGGUUGGAGUUACUGACACGCCAACGGCCUGAAUGGUUCGAAUCAAUUGCAAAAAAUCUUCCCAUAGCCAAACACAGAAAGAAAGAUAAACCCAACCCACCUAAUGUAGUUUUCCCACUAUGACCCACCCACCCCAAGCAGAUUGGUAUUGCCAAGGUUGAAAGAGCCCCGUACUUCUUUUUAAGCUUUCCCUUUGUUCAAAAGUAUUUUAAAGAUGAUAUUUCUCCUUCCUUUUUGUUAUGUUUGAAGUUACUGGUUUUAUUCCUCCUUUUUGUAUAGUUUUUUUUUUUCUGAAACCCACAUGCAAAACUAAUUGGAGAUGUUGACUUUUUAAGUUUUACAGAAUGGUUUGGAAUACUUGGGGAGGAUUGGGGACAGUCAACCAGAAAGGAUUAAUUAAAUCCAUAAGCUGUUUAACUUAGAUGAUGAGUGAAUAUCUGCUUUUGACCAAUUUCUCUGCAAACAGGUAUGGUUUAGUUGUAACUCACCAAAUAGCUCUAUUGGUGAACAAGCGUUUAUGAAAUAAACCUUAUUGUCAGCA